AUGUUAAAGAUUUCGAGGAUAGUUACGCAAGACCAAGAUGAAGGAGGAAGACAUGCCCCGACUUACAAAUAUCUUACAUUGCGAUCAUACAUCGACGGUUACACCCUCAGUCAAGCUGAUUCGACACUGUGGGUUGCGCAGGCCUUACUGAAGAGGGCGAAUUUUGUAAAUGUGAAUCGUUGGUUUGCAUUCGUUAAGCAGUCGUAUCCCGAACUCCAGGAAGAGUUCAUCGCGAAGGAUGACGCGGCAAAGGCGAAGAGGGCUGCUCAAAGUAGGGAUACUGCUAGCUACAGUAUCGCUCUCCAAGAUGCUGAGAUGGGAAAAGUUGUCACAAGAUUUCCUCCCGAACCAUCUGGAUACCUUCACAUUGGCCAUGCGAAGGCUGCCUUGCUAAAUGAUUACUUCGCUCACGACUGA